AUGGCGCCGUCAUCUCCGUGGUUUAUCGGGGCUCCUCAAGGUCCUCUGCGCUUCACACCGCUGCGCUUUUGUCCUCCAAAUACAGGCGUGUAUCAUGAUACAACUCAAAGCCUCACUGACGGCCCCGACUCGCUGUUAUCGCGCCUUGAAGCUGUCGACAAGUUCGCACUUUACGGCAGGCAGCACGCGCACGUGGAUCACCUUUCGGGUAUAGAAAAAGCCACGAUCGAGGACGGUCAGCUAGCAGUCAAGCUGGACGACGUCAUGUACCUAAUUGACGGCCUUCUGAAGCCUGUUAGGACACGUCUGGCGCAGACUCGCAGCGUCCUGGAGCUGGUGCAAUUAGUACUAGACCCUCAGGUUUUACAGGCCGUGGAGCUAUCCAGUCAACGCCUCAAUGUCCGCAACAAACUCAAGCUGCUGCUAGUGAGACUUAAGGACACAGGCGAUGAGAUGUCUCGACUCUCGCUGAGUGUACUGGUCUAUUUCUUGUCGAAAAGUGACGACACUAAGGACUAUUUCGAUGCUCAGGUGAUUGCAGCAAUUGUCCAUGCACUUAAGCAGGAGAACGAGCAGAAGGAGGUGAAGAAUACAGCCGUAUCAGACACUAAAUCGACGAAGAAGUGCUUGAAACGCAAGCAGGCUGAGACUCUGGAGACGUCCACGACGCUGGUGCUGGACGAGUUCUGUCUGAUGCAAUUGGACGAGGACCACGCGGUGUUUCGGUGGUGA